UGGACCUAUUCCUCUAAUCUCUCAUUAUACUAACAAUUUCCAAAUUCCAAUCUUCACCAAAAAAAAAAAACAUGGCAGCCUCAGCCUCAUCCAUGAUAUCAACUCACACCUUAACCACCACAAUUCAAAAACACCAAACACAUAACCUUAAACCAUCAAAUUUAUGUUUCCAAGGUUUCAAACCUUUGACAAGGUCAACAAAAGUCAACACUACUUUCACACCAACAAAAAGAUUUUCAAGGGGUGUUGUAAGAGCUGAACUCAAUCCUUCACUUGUCAUAAGCCUAAGCACUGGCCUCUCCUUAUUUUUAGGAAGAUUUGUUUUUUUCAAUUUUCAAAGAGAAAAUGUUGCCAAACAAGGGUUACCUGAACAAAAUGGUGUGACACACUUUGAAGCUGGUGACAAACGUGCCAAGGAAUAUGUUAGCUUGCUUAAAUCAAAUGACCCUGUUGGUUUUAACCUUGUUGAUGUGUUGGCUUGGGGUUCUAUAGGUCAUAUUGUUGCUUAUUAUAUCUUAGCUACUUCUAGCAAUGGAUAUGAUCCUAGUUUCUUUGGUUGAUUUUUGUGUUGUUGUUGGUACUUUAUGUUCCUUUAAUUUCAAUUUUAUUAUUUCUUGUUAUAAGUAUGUAAUGUUAUGUAUAGUUUAUUUUUAUGAGAUAUCCAAUUAGUUUGGUACCUUGGAUUCAAUAUGUUAAUUUGGUUAAAUGGAAAAUUAAACUUCUCUAUA